AUGGCUUCUCAAGAGUACUACGGAGGCGGCCAACAACCUCAGGGCUACUACCCUCCUCAAGGAGGUCAGCCAGGCUACGGCCCUGGACCCGGAUACCCUCAACAAGGGGGAUACCCACAGCAGGGCGGAUACCCUCAGCCAGGAGGAUAUGGCGGACAACCUCCCAUGAUGCAGCAGCGUGCGUACAUACUUUUCCUGGCGAAAUGUGGAGAAACGGGAGGGGAAGCGUGUGCGCCGUGGUGUCUGCGAUUCAAGUGCGCAGUCGGGAGGGCAGGGCCCCGCCGAAAGCCUUCAGUGCGCACCACGCCUGGUUCUCUUUCCCGAAGAGGUUGGACGCAGUCGGAACGGAGUCUGAUCUCGAAAGGCGGUAUGACGACUCACACUGACUGACCUCUUGGAGCUCUGCAGCAUACGGAGGUCAAGGCAUGUCGCCUUUGCAACAGAAACAAGCAUCCGCACGUGGUGAGUAGGAAAGGGCUUCGAUGCCCUCCUUUUCUUCUCCACGAAUAUUUGUACUGACCUAUGGUGCUCUCAUGACUUUGUCUGGCCUUCAGACAAGGUCAGUCGAUUGGACACGCAGCGUUUGAAGAGGGCGUGCAUCUGAUUCAAGAUCCGACUUGAUCCCUUCGUUGCUUUUGCUACUUUGAAUGCAGCACGGAUGCUGCGGACCCUGGUGAGUCAGACACCAAAUUUGCGUCUUCAUCAGCGCAUUGCUCAUCCCUUCCGCCCCGUCGACACUGAUCCACCUUCAGCGCCGCUUGCUGCCUGGGUGCUUGGUGAGUGCCGACAUCUCUAUGGUACGCAGAACGCACCCAAGGCACGCCCGCUCACAUGCAUUCAUUUGCCCUUCCGUAUAGCGCUUGCUGCUGCCUCGAGGAUAUUGCUUGCGCCGAGUGCUUGGACUGCUUAUUCUAAGCAUGAUCUGGGACCCGAUCAAGUCGAGCCACUGAGCGGAUUAUGCAAUGCAGCUCGACCAGCUACUACUGCAUGGACGGAGCUCGUCUAG